CCCAAUGAAAUCAACAUAAAUUAUUAAUAAAACUGAAUUCGCCUAUACAGAGACACAAGAACAGACAUUCUUAAUAUUUUGAAGGCACAGCCUAAAGUUGCCUUUGCUUUUUUUUUAAUAAAACCAAAUAAUCUUCAGUGUUUUUUUAUGUAGAAAAGAAAAAGGAGAUAAUUGAAAUUGAAAUCCAUCGUUUAGUUUCAAGUCUUUUUCCUUUCACACGUUUUCAAUCAUUUUCCGUUUAGGCAGCUGAUCACGAAAUUAUUUCUGUCCGAGAAAGCUAUAAACUCCUUUCCACAGAUUUUCACUUUAAGGAGUUGGAAAAUAUUAGAUUUCAGAACCUUUUUAAAUACACUUUCAGUUUUUGCCAGAUCUUGCUCUAUUCUUCACUAUCAUCUUUCCGUUCAGGUCUUUAUGCUGAGGGUGUCUCUUUCUUUUAUGGAGAAUUGGCAACUGAAUGACUACUAAAUAAUGCUUAAAGGCUCUCACAAUCCGAAUUUUGUGUCAUUUGUUGUGCAUAUAUGAUCAGACGAAUUUAAAUAGUAUGGGGAUCUUUACACGCAGUGUAGUUAGUAGAAAGCCGAAUGAGAGCAUGAGGCUUAUUGUAACAGCAUUUGUUGGAGUAGUUUUUGGCUUCUUGAUAGGAUUAUGUUUUCCAAAAUUGUCGUUGACAAAGUUCAGUCUAUCAACCAGCAUUUUUACUGCUAUUGAUUUCAAAUACACCGAGUACACUAAGUUGGGCCCCUCAAGCUCAACUCGUGUGUCCCAUCCAGUUGUUAAUAAUGGUAGCUCUGCUAACGUCACAUUAAAGAAGAUUUGGGUCCCAUCAAAUCCUCGAGGUGCAGAAAGACUACCACCAGGAAUUGUUAGAGCUGAGUCAGAUUUAUACUUACGCAGAUUAUGGGGCAAACCCAGUGAGGAUUUGACCAGCAAGCCAAAGUAUCUUGUCACAUUUACUGUUGGUUAUGAUCAACGAAAGAAUAUUGAUGCUGCAGUUAAAAAGUUUUCAGGGAAUUUUACCAUCCUUCUCUUUCAUUAUGAUGGUCGAACAACUGAAUGGGAUGAGUUUGAGUGGUCAAAGAAGGCAAUACAUGUAAGUGUUCGUAGGCAGACUAAAUGGUGGUAUGCCAAGAGGUUUUUGCACCCUGACAUUGUCGCAACCUAUGACUACAUAUUUAUCUGGGAUGAGGAUUUGGGGGUUGAGCAUUUCAAUGCUGAAGAAUAUAUUAAACUGGUGAGGAAGCAUGGACUGGAGAUUUCACAGCCUGGUCUGGAACCAAAUAAAGGGUUAACCUGGCAAAUGACAAAGAGAAGAGGUGAUCAUGAAGUUCACAAAGAAACAGAGGAGAAACCGGGCUGGUGCAAUCAUCCACAUGUUCCUCCAUGUGCAGCGUUUGUUGAGAUAAUGGCUCCCGUGUUUUCACGAGAUGCAUGGCGGUGCGUAUGGCAUAUGAUUCAGAAUGACUUGGUCCAUGGCUGGGGUCUUGAUUUUGCCCUCAGAAAAUGUGUAGAGCCCGCCCAUGAGAAGAUAGGUGUAGUAGAUUCUCAAUGGAUUGUUCAUCAAUCCGUUCCCUCUCUUGGGAACCAGGGAGAGUCAUUAGAUGGGAAGGCACCAUGGAAAGGGGUAAGGGAGAGGUGCAAAAAGGAAUGGAGUAUAUUUCAAACGAGGCUUUCAAGGGCGGAGAAAGCAUACUUGAAGGAAAUAAAUUCAACAUCUCAUUAGGAAUAUAUAUAUAUAGCAAAGCAAAACUAGAAAAGCUAACCCUAUCAUUAUUAGUUAUUACCCCACCCCCGCAUUGGGAUUUCAUCGGAUCUUCCAAGUAUUCAAUCACAAAACCUCACUCCCAAUACCUGCAAUGGUUGCGUUACUAAGCGAGUCUCAGAUUUUAUUGUAGAACAAUUCUUCUUCUUCUUCUUCUUCUUCUUAUUCACAUAAAGUUUGAUGAAAUGCAUCAUUGUUUUUGUAACCACAACUUUCUGGUCCCCAAAUCACUUUUUGAAAUUGGAAUCGGAAUCAAAAUAUUCGUUUGUGUGGGUAAUGAAUUUAUGAGUUUGGUUGA